GUGGACCAGAUCGGGCGCAUCGGUGAGCUCCGCCUUCUGAAGCUUCUCGUGGAGUCCGCUAUGCACCGGUGGAUGUACACUAACAUGCGAGUGGUGGGGCAGGGCCAGUUCGGAACGGUGAUGCAAAGCGGAGUCACGGUCGGCAAUCAGGGCAAUCUGCAGGUGGCCAUCAAGCACAUCCCAAAGCAGACCAAUAUCCAGGACCGCUGUGUCUUGGUGGACGUCUUCAAUGAGAUAACAUGCUUGGACACGGUACGCUUCGAGGAUUACCUCUGCCAGAUCUACGACUUCGGGGUGGAGGAGUCUUGUUACUGGAUAGUCAUGAAGCAGCUCGCCGUGGCCACGCUUCACAAGCAUGAUAUCGUCCACUACGAUCUGAAGUGUGACAACAUCAUGAUUGAAGCCGCCCAGAAGUGCUGGGCUGAGGCCGUUAGAGAAAAGGCAAGCUAUGGCAAUUCUGUAGAGGAGUUGCAUGCCUGGCUUCCGGUUUUGGGAGUAUGA